AUGGUAUUUGAUAUUGCAUCUAGUUUUCAUCCUAAUGUGCCACAUCAUGAAGGUUCUACUUCUAGUCAAAGUGACAUACAUAUUUUAUCAGAAAAUUUUUGGAAAGCAUUGAAUGCGGCACAUCAACCGAUUUGGCCAGGUAAUUCUACUGAGACUAAAUUAUCAGCAACAGUUAAACUUCUUAAUAUAAAAUCCGAGAACAAUUGGUCAGAGAGAGGUGUCAAUCAAAAUCUUGACUACAUUAAAUCUUUGUUACCGGAAGAUAAUGUUUUACCUGAUAAUUUUUAUACCAUGAAGAAGUUGGUGGAAGAUUUGGGAUUGCCUGUUACUAGGAUCGAUAUUUGUAGAGAUGGUUGCAUGUUGUUUUGGAGGGCUGAUAGUGAAUUAGAAUCUUGCAAAUUUUGCAACUUUCCAAGAUAUAAGGAAAACUCUAAUCAACGAACACCACACAAACAACUUUUUUAUUUACCACUGGCUCCAAGAUUGCAAAGACUUUAUGCAUCAAACGUGACCGCUGCUCACAUGACAUGGCAUUCUCGUCAUGUUACCCAAGAUGGGAUGAUGUGUCAUCCUUCUGAUGGAGAGGCAUGGAAGACAUUUGACAACUAUUACCCAGAGUUUGCUAAGGAGGAUCGCAAUAUCCGCUUGGGUCUUUGUUCUGAUGGAUUUGCCCCAUUUGGAAAGUCAUAUUCGUGUUGGCCCGUCAUUAUAACACCUUAUAAUCUCCCACCUGGAAUGUGCAUGAAGACACCCUACAUGUUUAUGUCAUUAAUUAUUCCUGGUCCAAAGAGUCCUCAGAAAAAUAUUGAUGUCUACCUUCAACCGUUAAUUGUUGAAUUAAAAAUGUUGUGGAAUGAUGGUGUGCCUACUUAUGAUGUAUCUCGAGGUGACACAUUCAAUUUGAGGGCAAUGGUGUUGUGGACGGUUAGUGAUUUCCCAGCUUAUGGUAUAUUGUCUGGAUGGAGUACUCAUGGAAAAGAUGGGUGUCCAAUUUGUAUGAAAAAUUCGAAAUCAUUCCGCUUGAAAUAUGGUAAGAAGGCUUGCUAUUUUGAUUCACAUAGACAAUUUUUGUCACAAAAUCAUCCAUACAGAUUUGAUACAGAGCAUUUUACCAAAAAUAAAGUGGAAAUGACACUUCGUCCGCCUAGGCCAAGUGGCGAGGAAAUAUGGUCUGAAAUUGCACAAUACAUGUUUGUUAGUGAAAAUCCUCACGUAAGUCCACCGGGUUUUGGUGAAUAUCAUAAAUGGACAAAGAAGAGCAUUUUUUGGGAGCUACCAUAUUGGGGGAAACUUCUUAUUCGUCAUAAUCUCGAUUUUAUGCACAUUGAGAAGAACGUAUUUGAGAAUAUCAUCCAUACGGUUAUGAACGUUAAAGGUAAGACAAAAGACAACAUAAACGCUCGAAAGGAUAUGUUUAAUAUUUGCAAUCGCCCUGAGUUACAUAUUGACCCUCAAAGUUCGUGUAUGAGGACAAAGAAGGCGGCUUACACUUUGACGAGAGAUGAAAAUCGUAUUAUUUGUCAAUGGCUUAAAUCUUUGAAAUUCCCGGAUGAAAGGCUGGUGCCAAUUGCCUUUAAGAAAUUACUCCCCAAAUUUGUGUGGGGAACAUUGACUGAUGUUAGUAAUUUCAUGCAUGAUCUAAGUUCUACAACAUUGAAUAUUUCUAAGAUGCAGACUUUGGAAUUAGAGAUUCCCGUAAUUUUGUGCAACUUAGAAAAAAUAUUUCCACUGUCGUUUUUUGAUUCAAUGGAACACUUGUUGGUGCAUCUACCAUAUGAAGCAAAAAUCGGAGGACCGGUUCAGUAUAGAUGGAUGUAUCCAUUUGAGAGGUUUCUUAAGAAUGUGAACCAGAAAGUAAAGAACAAAGCCAGAAUUGAAGCAUCAAUUUGUAAUGCAUAUAUUCUGGAAGAGAUAUCUACAUUUGCCUCGUAUUAUUUUGAAUCUAACAUACAAUGCAAACAGAGACACCCACAAAGAAACACAGAAGGAUCUGUCAACAAUAAUGAUGCUUCAAUUUCGAUUUUCAAUUAUCUUGGACGAUCUAGUGGCGCCUCAACUAAAUUAAUUUUGAAUAGCCAGGAAACGUUAGUCGCUCAUACUUACGUGCUCUUAAAUUGUCCAGAGGUAGAUCCUUACUACAGUUUACCAAAAGAUGAAAUAGACCGCCAAUUCGCAUCAUGGUUCCGAUGUAAGAUUGUUGAGGAACAUGGUCCUUUAGUUUCAAAAGGAUUAUUAUAUUAUUUGUCUUUUGGGCCCAAAACACCCGCAACAAGACAUUCAAUGUACUUCGUUAAUGGGUUUGUGUGGCGGUCAAGAGAUUUUGGAUCUAACAAAGCAACCAUGAAUAGUGGUGUUUGUGUGCAUACUGAUGACGCAGACUAUUAUGGACUUUUAGAGGAUAUAAUAGAAAUUGAGUAUCCUGGUCCAAGUUUACGUAUUGUUCUAUUUAAAUGUUUAUGGUUUGACCCAACCCGUGGUUCAAGAGUUGAUGAAACAUAUAGGUUGGUUGACAUAAACAUGAAACGGAAGUAUGCAAAGUAUGACCCUUUCAUUCUAGCUCAACAAGGUAUACAAGCAAGGGGAAAAAUAGAGAAACAAUGGAGUGAUGAUUUGGUGUAUCAACAAGAAGAGCCAACUAUACAACUAGAUAUCCCCCUAAAUAUACCACUAUAUGAUGUCAACAAUUUAAGUGAUCCUAAUGGUAUGGUUGACGAGCUCGAUGAUACAAACGUAAGUGAAGAAAAUGAAUUUGAAGAUGUUGAAUGGGAAGGAAGUGAGUUAUGUGGAAAUGAAUCUGAAGGGAGUGGGUCGGAGGAAAUUAGUGAAACUCACGAAUCAUUGGAUAUUUUUUGA